AUGACCAUCGACUCGAGCUACUCCACCACCGAAAGACCGAACAAGCAGCUCAAGACGACGCACCUCGACUCCGAAAUGUCCCUCCCUACGCAGUCGACUUCGGCCUCGGCCUCGGCACUGCGCCUCCUCGUAUGCCGCCACCCCGCCCACCCUCUUGCCAAGCUGCCUACCCGCGGUAGCGCCUCGGCGGCAGGGUACGAUCUGUACUCGAGCGAGAAGGUCACCAUCGAACGGGGGAAACGCAAGGUCGUUCAGACGGGCAUCUCGCUCGCCAUCCCAGAAGGACACUAUGGCCGUGUUGCACCUCGCAGCGGUCUUGCCUCCAAGCACGGCAUCGACGUCGGAGCAGGCGUCAUCGACUCCGACUACCGUGGCCUUCUCGGCGUCCUCCUCUUCAACCUCGGCGAUGCAGACUUUACCAUCAACGAAGGAGACAGGAUCGCGCAGCUCGUCAUUGAACAGAUCUCGACUCCUCCCGUAGAGGAAGUGUCCAGCCUCGAUGACACCGCCAGGGGCGCAGGCGGCUUUGGCUCCACUGGCGGUUUCGGACCCGCUGCCACCGUCGCCGCUCAGGACACGGCAGCAGCCGCCGCCGCCGCCGCCGACCUGCCGACCGAGAGCGCAACGACAAAGCAGGCCUGA